GCUCAGGCCCGGCCGCGCGCCCCCGAGCCCGGCGCUCGCCCGGCCGCGCGCACGCACGCACGCCGGCGCGCACGUUCCCCGGGAACCCGGAAGUGCGAGGCAGCGGAGAGCCACGUGGGUGGAGCGGGGUCGCAGCUCGCAUGGGGGAGUCUAUCCCGCUGGCCGCCCCGGUCCCGGUGGAACAGGCGGUGCUGGAGACGUUCUUCUCUCACCUGGGCAUCUUCUCUUACGACAAGGCCAAGGACAAUGUGGACAAGGAGCGAGAGGCCAACAAGAGCGCGGGGGGCAGCUGGCUGUCGCUGCUGGCGGCCCUGGCCCACCUGGCCGCGGCCGAGAAGGUCUAUCACAGCCUCACCUACCUGGGGCAGAAACUAGGGGGCCAGUCCUUCUUCAGCAGGAAAGAUUCUAUCCGUACCAUCUAUACUUCCCUGCACAAUGAGCUGAAGAAGGUGGUGACUGGCCGCGGUGCCCUCGGGGGGAACGCCCCCCACGUGGAAGAACUACUUUCCCACCUGUCGGAGCAGCUGUGCUUCUUCGUGCAAGCCCGGAUGGAGAUCGCAGACUUCUAUGAGAAGAUGUACACCCUCAGCCCACAGAAGUUCAUCAAUGCUGAGGAGCUCGUUGGCCUUUUGGACACCAUCCUCAAGAAAUACAGCUCCAGAUUUCACCACCCCAUCCUCAGUCCUUUGGAAGGCAGUUUCCAGCUGGAGGUGGACGUCCUGAGCCAUCUCCUGAAGGCCCAGGCCCAGGUCUCCGAGUGGAAGUUCCUCCCGUCUCUGGUGAACUUGCACAGUGCUCACACCAAGCUGCAGACUUGGGGCCAGAUCUUUGAAAAGCAGCGGGAGACCAAGAAACAUCUGUUCGGAGGGCAGUCUCAGAAGGCCGUUCAGCCCCCACACCUUUUCCUCUGGCUGAUGAAACUCAAAAACAUGCUUCUUGCCAAGUUUAGCUUUUACUUUCACGAGGCGCUGAGCCGACAAACGACUGCUUCAGAAAUGAAAACGUUGACUGCCAAAGCCAACCCAGACUUUUUUGGGAAGAUUUCUAGCUUCAUCCGCAAGUAUGAUGCUGCCAAUGUGUCCUUAAUCUUUGACAACCGAGGUUCCGAGAGCUUUCAGGGUCAUGGCUAUCACCACCCCCAUUCCUACAGAGAGGCCCCUAAGGGUGUGGACCAGUAUCCAGCCGUGGUGUCCCUACCCAGCGACAGGCCCGUCAUGCACUGGCCCAAUGUCAUUAUGAUCAUGACAGACCGCAUGUCCGAACUGAACAGCUUGGAGAAGGUGGUCCACUUCUAUGAUGACAAAGUUCAGAGCACCUACUUCCUAACCCGCCCAGAACCUCACUUUACCAUUGUCGUCAUUUUUGAAUCAAAGAAAUCUGAAAGAGACUCCCACUUUAUUUCCUUCCUCAAUGAGCUCUCACUUGCCCUUAAGAACCCCAAAGUUUUUGCAAGUCUGAAGCCUGGCUCCAAAGGCUAGCAGGUGAUUUGUGUGAAAGGUUUUCAAGACUGGAAAGUGUGUUCCUAAUUGCUCUAAUGAUCUACUGUGGUCUGUGAUUAGAGUUUCCAUCCAUUCAUGCUUCUUUCAGAGCUAAAUUAAAGACAAAUCUUCCCUAAUUGUGUCGCACACUUUAUAAGCAAUUAAGGCCAAUUGAAUCAAGUAUCCAAAGAGUAAUCUAGGAAGUGAUCAUGGCUACUGUGUAUCUCCAUGGUACAGCAGAGUUCUUUCAGUAUUUUCUCCCAUUUUCCUUUAUUUCCUAUAGACAGAAUAUUGAUUGGCCUUUGGUUUGUCUUUCCACAUGUUUUAUAUUGUUCUAAACUUUGUUUUAAUGCAGUUCCACAUGCCUUCUCCUCUCCCCUUCCAGGACCAGUAACUGAGAUAAGAGAUUAAAUGGCCUUUUCAGAAUCAA